AUGGCCCAUGGAGCCCCUUCAGUGCGGGAGCUGCCCCAGCGGCUGUGGCCGGGCCCCAGCGGUCAGGGAGCAGAAGAACAGCAGCACCUUCGCAGCAGCCUGGCCGCGGUGCAGGCCUUGGCCAACGUCAUCCGGCCGUGCUACGGGCCCUACGGCCUCCAGAAGCUCCUGGUGACCGCCAAGGGAGAGACAGUGUUCACCGGGUACGCCACGGCCAUCCUGGGGGCCCUGCAGUUGCAGCACCCGGCCGCCCAGCUGCUGCGGGAAGCGGCGCUGGGCCAGGCCGAGCACAGCGGCGACGGGGUGGCCUUCGUGGUGCUCCUGGCCGAGGCCCUGCUGACGCAGGCCGAACUCCUGCUGAGCGCCGGCCUGCCCCGCUCCCAGCUCCGGGAGGCCUACGCCGCGGCCGCCGCGGAGACCCUGGCCCUGCUGCCGUCGCUGGCCAUCCGGUCUCUGGGGCCUUUGGAAGACCCGUCCAGGGCCCUGUAUUCGGUGAUGAACACCCACACGCUGUCCCAGGCGGGGCACCUGGCCAGGAUGGUGGCACAGGUGUGCUGGGCGGCCAAGGAGCUGGACGGCACCUUCCGCCGGGAGCGCGUGGGGGUGUGUGUGCUGCAGGGGGGGCAGCCGGAGGACUCGUGCCUGCUGCCGGGGCUGGCCGUGCCGGGGAAGCCGUGCGGGCAGGUGACCGUGGUGCUGAGAGGCGCCAGGGUGGCGGUCUUCGCCUGCCCCUUCGGGCUCCCCAGUCCAAACGCCCCUGCGACGGCCCGGCUCUCCAGUCCCGCCGAACUGGUGCAGUUUAGGAGGGAAAGCGAGAGUCUGCUCCAAAGGCAAGUGGAGCAGCUGGCACACGUAGGCGUGAACGUGGCGGUGGUGUGCGGGGACGUGGAGGAGAAGCCCCUGGCCCAGGCCGACAAGUACAACAUCAUGGUGAUCCAGGUGAAGUCCCCGCGGGAGCUGGCUGGCCUGAGCGAGGUUCUGGGCACACCUGUGAUGCAUCACCUGGUCGCCCCCCUGGAGCCGGGCAAGUGCCAGCGGGUGUACGGGCAGGAGCUGCGGGAAGGCCUGGCCGUGGUGUUUGAGUGGGACCCUCCGACGACCCCUGCCCUGUCCGUGGUCCUGCGGGGGCCCACGAGGGCGGGGCUCCGGGAGGCGGAGCAGGCCGUCUACCACGGAAUCGAUGCCUUUUUCCAGCUGUGCCAGGACCCCAGGCUGCUCCCGGGGGCCGGGGCCACCGAGAUGGCUCUGGCGAAGAUGCUCUCGGACAGGGGGACGGCGCUGGAGGGGCUGCGGGGCCCCGUGCUCCUUGCGUUUGCCCAGGCCCUGCGGUCUCUCCCCGCCACCUUGGCCGAGAACGCGGGCUUGGCCGCCUCCCGCGUGAUGGCGGACGUGAGCGCCGCGCACCAGGCCGGGUACUUCCUCGCCGGCGUGGGGGUCGAAGGCAUGAUCGACGCGGCGGGCGAAGACGUGUGGGACACCCUGGGCGCCAAGGCCCAUGGCAUCCAAGCCGUGGCUGACGUGGUCCUGGAGCUCGUGACCGUGGAUGAAAUCGUGAUGGCCAAGGAGACGGCCCCCGGCCGGCAGGACCUGAACCCUAACGAGAAGAAGGCCAAGGAUCGGCGCCCGUGGCCUGUGGAGAUACUCAAGUAG